ACGUGUGAGUGGUCCGGAUUUCUGCUCUUUUUAUAGAACGCUUCCUCAUUUGCCACACAGACACACGCACAAAGCUAACGUUUCUGGUGUUUGUUCUGCAUUUUCUCACACUGUUGUUUUCUUUACAGGCAAGAGGUAAGGUCCACGUCUAGGCUUCACAAAACCAUCCAAUAUGAAUGAAACAGGUGAUAAUGCAAAGCUGUUAUUGUGGUUACACUGAUCUGAGUUAUGCCCAUCUAGAGGAAACCCAAGAUAUCAGCUUCAAGGAAGCUGAUGCUCAAGAGUCUGAUGGUGGCAAAGGCCAAGGAGGAGCUGGAGCAGGAGAUUGUGGAGAAAGAAGACGAGAAGCAGAAGUAUCUGGCAGAGAGGGCUCCCCCUUUGAACACCAGCGGCCUGAGCCUGGCCCAGCUGCAGGAUCUCUGCAGGGAGCUUCAUGCCAAGAUAGACGUGGUUGAUGAAGAACGAUAUGACAUUGAAGCUAAAGUCAUGCUCAACAAACGUGAGAUUAAAGACCUGAACAUCAAGGUGUUGGACCUCAGAGGGAAGUUCAAGAGGCCCAAUCUGCGACGCGUCCGUGUGUCCGCUGACGCGAUCCUGCGCUCGCUGCUGGGCUCCAAGCACAAAGUCUCCAUGGACCUGAGAGCCAACCUCAAGUCUGUCAAGAAAGAGGACACGGAGAAGAAGAGGCCGGUGGAGGACAGUGACUGGAGGAAGAACGUGGAGGCCAUGUCAGGGAUGGAGGGGAGGAAGAAGAUGUUUGACGCCGCUAAGGGUCCUGCUCAGUGAGCACAGAGGGGGGUCGGUCCUCAGGUUUGCUCCUGCAGGUCAAGACCUUCAUACCUGCGUGUUUGCUGUUCCUUGCCUGUUUAUGCAGUGUUGCAACAGGAGACUGUGGCCUAUAUCAGCAUAGGACUAGUGUCAGUGGCGUGUCUGGAUUAUAGUGUUUCUUAAUAUUCUUUAUUGGUAAUAAACUAUAAGCAUGAUCCAUUCAUUUUUUGGACUGUGAAACUGAUUCACAAUAAAAUGCAUUAAACAACCAA